GCUUUUUUGUAAUUUUUACGAACUGUUGAACACGUAGGCCUAGUCGCGUAAACAAUCCUUCAAUACAUGUUUAAACAAAAUUUGUAAUAUGUAUGGAGUCUUGAGUCUUCAUUCAAUGUUACAAUACGUACAAUUGAAUAAAGGCUAGCUUUUUGCAAGAACCUGCGAUUUCUGUGCCGUUUCAAGUUUGGAAGCUUCAAGUUAAUCACGCUUGCCGUUCAGAGGAAGUUGCCAUGGAGUUACUGUGGACCUCCCUAGCAACCAUUGCAUCAUGGUUGACUCAUAUUCUCAUCGAGUUCAGCCUCUUCCUAGCAGUCGAUUCUGUUGUCAAGGCCUCUUUACACUCAUUGAGAGAGCCCGAGGAGCGACGUAGGAUGUGGUUACUGGAAUCCCUGGUUUUGCUGUUUGUUGCAACGGUCAUGAGCCAGUAUACCCAUGUGCCGUAUGUCCUCUUCACCCUCGGAUUCACUACCGUUCUCUCUGCCUUUCUGCACGAUCGGGUCGAGUGGCAGAACUUCAAAGCGUCCCUUUCUGCUGCCUUGGAAAGUGAACCCGACUUAAACAACGGUAUGUUGAGUACAAUCGACGGCUCAUGUCAGUCGGCAAUGUAUCAGGACACUGAGCAUGAUAGAUUAAAAGGUCAUGCACAAGAACAAAUCCAAAACAAAAAUCACAAACUUGCAACUGCCCCCAUCAGAUCCAGCACGGACAGUGUCUUUGACAAAUGGAGGACUUACUUGAGGGCAACGUUUCAAAGACAACCUCCAAUAUGCCAUCCGCCGGGCUUGCCCAACAAAGGAAAGAAUCUCUGCUUCCUCAACACGGUGCUGCAGUGCUUGGCUCACGUACAGUCCCUCGGAGGUCUUGAUGAAAUCUUGUCGGAGAUGAGCGACGGUCGCCUUGGGAGUGACUUUCUCAAUUGCUACAGUGAGUUAUUAGCCGAUUGCACCAUCAGAGAACACUACUCUGGCACCGUUCUUGACACCUUUCAGUUUCGGAGAGCGGCCUCUCAACUCUGCCCUGGCCUGAUCGCAGACCCGGUAACAACUCCCAAACAGACCCAACAGGAUGCAGCCGAGUUUCUGACGUGGCUGCUAACCACCCUUCAUAACCUCCUGAGAAAAGGUCCCUCUGCAAGAAUCUCCAAUCGCAUCCCGACUGACUCGGGAUUAGGAAACUUCAGCGACAAGGAACAGCAGUCCCUAAAAGUCGAGUGCCAGACGUUGCUCCAGUCUGCUCAAUCGAUGUACGACGAAAGGUGUCUCAGAGCAGUUCAAGUUAUGUCCGAUUUGGAUUGGAAGUGUCAAGAAAGCCGGGAAAGCUCUAGCGUUAGCGAGCUCUUCUCAGGUCAGAUCCUUGAGUUGAGAGAGGACGGAAACCGGAACUGCGUAUCCCUCGGCAUUCAAGCUUUCAAUGUGCUCCCAGUUCCCCUGUCCGGACCGCGUCAAGUCUCGGGUCUUGUCUACCUGCAAGACUGCAUCAGUGACAUGUGUGCUCUAACUGAUAUGAUGCUGGAUUCGCCUUCAACGAGUUACGCAUCACCGCUUGCCGAACAUGAAUCUCGGGGAAGACGCAUUGAUGACGUUAAGAUUGAGAGUGCCAAGCUCUUUAGACCUCCUGUCUCAUCAUCCACUCCCACAAAGCCUGAAGCGCGGACCUACACCUCCCUUAGUCCUCCAAGUGGAUCCAGGGAGGUGCGAUGCCAGACCUCCUUACGCUAUCUACCCAAAUGCCUCAUCAUCCAACUGAAUCGAUUCAACCAGUUUGGACGCAAGGCAAAGACGCCCGUGAACAUCCCCCUCCGGGGUCUAAACCUCAGCCCAGCGCUAUUUGACCAACAGGUCGCAGGGAUGCCUGUACCCACAAACCAGAGAUACAUGUAUGACCUGGCUGCGCUUUGCGUCCAUGAAGGAGCUGAGAGUACUUGCUAUGGUCACUACGUUGCCUUCUGUAUGGCCAGUAACGGCCACUGGUAUCGGAUGGAUGAUGAGAUAGUCAGUGAAGUGAAUAUGCUGUACGAGUGCAACUCUCCGUCUGUUAGAGAAAAUGCUUAUCUCUUGUUUUAUGUUAGAAGAAAUUAACCCACCAAGUGUGAAAUAUGCAUUCAUAAAUACCUCAGACAG